AUGCAAUAUUACUUCAGGAGCGUCUUCCUGAUGCUUUUUCCCAACGGAACGGUUAUGGUCAACUACCGAGUUCGAGUCAAAGGACCCUGCAGCCUGGAUCUUUCAAAUUUCCCGCUCGAUUUGCAGACUUGCAAUUUAAUAUACGAAAGGUAGAAGCUUCCCUUAAUCUCUACUCAAAAUGUGAGACUCCAGCUUCAACUACAACCGCCACGAGGUGCAAAUGAAAUGGUCCGAGGCGGAAAAGCCCGUUUUUGCCCUUUCCCAGAUAGUUUUGCCUGAUUUCGACUUGUUUGACAUCCAAACGGCUCGUAUCCAAGAGGUUUUAACAUUUUAUCAAAUAUGACUGAGACCAAAAUUUUCAGCCUUAUCCAGCUGGAAUGUGGGACGAAUUGCACGUGAAAAUUAUUUUUGAACGUCGCUUUAUUUGGUAUUUCAUGCAAGCCUAUCUGCCCACUUAUCUCACUAUCUUCAUCAGGUUUAUCAGAUUUUAUUUCAAAAAGAGAAAAUCUUACUGAGAUUGCUGCUGCUCCCAGCUUGAUGGCGGCCUAGUAGACGUUUGAACAAUUGCGAAACUCUUAAAAACAACUUUCGAAAUAAACUUCAAGCAAAUAUUUGAAGAAAGAAACGGAAAAUAGACAAGUUGUGGGAGAAUGAAAGGGAAAGAGUUAUUAAACUUCAAAAAUCGCAAAAUGGUAAUACUUUUUGAUCAUUUCAAAAUAAGUAAUCGGAGUUAUUGGCCGUAAAUUUCACCUAGUUUUGUCAAUCGUCAACAGAAAAAAAAAUGGGGUUUUCGUGGAGAAAUAAAUAUAUUUUCAAAGUAAUUUCGGGGAUUUCAAAAUUGACGCGUUUUCGUUUAAAAAUAUUUCGCGAAAUUGGCAAAAUUGGUCCUCUGGAAAAAUUUGGCCCCACCAUGAUAUAUCAGGACAUGUGACUUUUACGCGCGAAUUUGAAAAUUUUAACCGAAAUGUCCAAAUAGCUUCAAAAGUUGACGUUUUGCGGGUAAAAGUCGAAUAUCGCGACGUAUUGAACUUGAAAACGGCAUCUUAAAAACUGAAAUAUCGUAAAACGAUAUGAAAACACAAAAAAUACAAGAUUCGCCGUAACAAUUGCUCUGUCUUCCACAAAAUUCUUUCUCCAAUUUUCCUCUAUUCAGCUGGGUAUCAUUCGCUCUGGGACCACGAGCGAUUCCAGCAAGGACCAUGUUAGGAGUGAACAGUCUGCUGGCGAUCGUCUUCCAAUUCGGAAAUAUUAUGCGAAAUUUGCCAAGGGUCUCAUAUAUCAAGGGUAUCGGUGAGUUCGUUCUUUUAUAAAUCAAAUAUUGAAAAGAGUUUUUCAGACGUUUGGAUGCUAGUUUCUAUGACGUUUAUCUUUUGUUCGCUAUUGGAGUUGGCAAUUGUGGGAUUCAUGGUUCGAGAUGAAACUGCGGGAAGGCGAAAAGCGACACAGAAAAAGGUGGGGAAAACCAUGGAAAACCAAUAAGGAAUACCACAAAUACAAAGCUAUCUAGAAAUCAAUUAUAAAGAUCAUCGAUGUGCUAGUUGGAUAUUACUAGGGCAUAGCUAUUCAAAAAUUCGUUUUUGAAAAAAAUUGACCUUUCAAAAGUUGAUUUUAUACACAUAAAUUAGAAAAAUGGAACGUCACUUAGAAAAAAAAAAGCAAAUUGAGGCGAUUCGAACAUCAUAUCUAGCAACCUUUAAGCAUUGGUCAACCAAAUUUAAUAUAAUCGAAAAAGAGAAUGAACUAUAAAUAUAAAUAAAAUAAAAUGUUUACGAGCCAAAAACUCAUCAAUUUUACAGCUCUCCCGGGAAGAAUCGCCUCAAGGAAUUUUGGCCAACGAAAAACGGUUCAUGUUUCCGCCUGGGUGUACAGCCGUGGUCUCCUCUACGGUUUUUGAAAAUUGCAAAAUUUCAAUCAUUAUUAUUUCUAGACUUCUCAAUCGUCUGCUUGGACGCCGGAACGUAUCGACUCUAUAUCAAGCUUCAUGUUCCCUUUCUCAUUUUUCGUCUUUAACGUCAGUUUUUACUUGAACGUCUAUUUCUAUACUUUUUUUUACAGAUUGUCUAUUGGUCAUACUACAUACAACGAAAAGAAAUCAUCCGUGAAUCGAUCAUCAAUCAGUCUGCUUAA